AUGCGAUCCUCGACAAUUUGCACAAGGGCGUUGAGGAAUGGUACCCUGAGAUUGCGCUGUGGGCCAAUCCCAUCUACGAGGCUCGUUGGGGCUCAAUCGCCUCUGAUCAGAGGCCUGGGAGCGAAGACGGGCGCGGUCGAUGGGAAGCAAAGAAGAUGGCAGUCCUCCGCAGCCGCUUCUCAGCCUGUUGUGGGUAUCGAACCGAUCGCGGCUGUUGAUCCUACCCUUGAUAUCACGUCCGUCCUACGCCAAGCCUCACAAGAAUUCCCCGACCAAUCUCUGCAUAACGACAUCUCCCUCGCCCUCACGCACCUCAUAAACCCCUCCCACCCCCUCCGCAUCGCCAUAACCCCCCUCUCCCCCACCGAUCCCUCAUCCACCACCUCCAGUCUCCUCGACGCGAUCCUCGUAGACCCCCUGAGUGGUACAUCGAAGCAUCUCUAUCAACGACACCGCACAACAGCCGAAGGAACACUCAUCCGUUACGGACCCGUCGCGACACUCAACCCCCUCUGCGAGGAACACGGCGCCCUAUCCGUCCUCGAAAUCCCUCAUCCGUUCUUGCAGAGACAUAAUUUGGAGAUUGUCGAGCUUCCUGCACCCAGCCCCAAAUUACUCGCGGAGAUUAUUCCGACGUAUACGAAAACUGUGUAUACGACCACCUCCCCCGCCGCAUUCUACGCAUUUACCCCGACUCCCACUCUGUCCGAGGUUGUGUUGGACAUUGAUCCCGCAUCUCACACCCUCCUUAAGACCGCGGGGGAGGGACGGUAUGUCGUGAGCGCCCACACGGCCUUAACCGCAGCCGGGGCACUAGAACUCAGUCCCGCGAACGCAAGCACAUACUCUCGAGAUUGGUUAGCGUCAAACAUCACCCCACUCCUCCACUCCCUCCCUUCCUCGUCAAUCCGAGCGUUACUAGACCGAAUUAUCGCACGGUGCGAGUUCAUCCAAGACGAAGAGCGGAGGAUGAGUGCGGUGGCGGAGGUUGGUAAGGGACCAGUUGAGGUACACCAAAAGCGUGUGGAGAGGUUACUCGAAGCAGGACGUGCGUGGGCCUCAACCGCACACGCCGAACUCGAGCACACCAUCACACCCUCCCCGACCGAUCCGGACGCAAAGACAUUAACCAGACCAUCUAUCCAACCACCACAACCUCUUACCGAGCUCUUCACCGGACGUCUCGCGUUCUGGAAGUUGUUGUGGAGGGUCGACGAGGUUGGGCCGAGUGUGCGGGAGAUUGUGUAUGGACAGUUAUUGCCGAGGGCGGAGAGGGAGUUGGUGUAUCUCUACGGUACGAUGGCUUUGCUCAACCCUGACUCUUCCUCUGCUCCCAAGAUCGAGAACAACGUGGAGGAGAUCGGGGCAGAAUUACGAGCGGCAAGGGCGGAAUUGGCGGCAGGACCUACAGAUGCCCUCGCCCGUACCGCACAGGGCGCUCUACUGAAGGCAGGGACUCUAACGGCUGCCUCGGCCGCAUCCUCCGCCAUCCUAACUCUCGCCCUCGAUUACCACCUCUACCCGUCCCUCUCCCCACUCGCCCUCGGCCUAGUAACAUCACUCUACCUCCUCCAAUCCACCUGGCUAGCAGCCAAAACGGAUUUCGAGCGCUAUUGGAGAGAGAUUGGCGCGCAGGCGGUUAGGAGGGAGGGUGGGAGGUGGGAAAGGGUGGUUAGGGGUGUGCAGAGUGAGGAGGUUAGGGCGUGGAGGGGAGUGGAGGUGGAUAAAUUGAGAAAGAGUGCGAUAUUGGAGCAACUGAGAAGUGCUGUACGCGGUUAA